AUGGGACACCGAGAACUCACACCGGUCCAUGUGCCGCUUCGAACAUCGAGUCGCAAACCGGCACAACACGACCCAAUGAAUACCCAGGAACAGUCCCGAACCGACCGGCGAACCUCGAAAGCCCAAAGAUUUUUCGGAACCGAUAUCUCACUCCCCACGGAACAUGGCGGGUGGCAGGAGCCUCCAAAUGUACGCCGACCGAGCUUUGUUAAGCCAAAUAAUGCUCCGAAACAGAGCACCGGCUUCGUUCCGUUUCCGCGCUCUUCAGACAAUAAUCUGAUUCCCGAUCAAAACCUUCGCGUACGGGCCUCAUCGCCUCUGCUAGGCCAUGACUACCGAUCGCAGGAGGCUGCGCCGCCGCUUCCCAAGCCGUCGAAAAAAGUUCACCAUUCCGGUUCCUCAUCCACCCUUUUCUCCUACUUCAGCUCGAAAGAAUCGACCAAAUCGAUCAAAUCGACCAAAUCAUCCAAGAACCAAGGACUCCAGCCUAGAGUACGGCACGAACUCGGCAGUGAGCCACAAGUGACAUACACGCAGGCUCAAGAUCCACCGAAGGAAUCCAAGCGGAAGAUGCGUCCUCCGAAAAUUGAUCUUUCCGUCUUGUUCCCGAAGCCGCGGAAUCCCCCACCACAAACACUUCUGUCCCCCCACCGAAUGGUCAACUCCCCCUCUCCCGUCUCUACAGUGGUCCCGGAUACCUCUUUCAACAAGAUCGAAAGGAUGACCGGUGGUACGAGCAACUCUACUACGAGGAGAUAUGUCGACCCACCUCCUCCUCGCCGAUCUUCGAUCACCAAAAACGACCCACCCAAGCAUGGUGUGGAUAAUUCGGAUUUGCCUUCAAUCGCAGAGAGCAAAAAUAACGAGUGGUUAGAGCAAUCACUUGAGAGGACGGUAGGAACGAGUGAGAUCGAUUUAGCCCUGGAUAGAUAUGCGGGGCGACGAUCACUUUUGAGUCGCUCGAGCAUGUAUACCACCAGCCGAGAGCAGUUGCAUCCAGAACAGCAACGCCCCCAGGAACCUCGGGAGAGCUCGAGACGUGCUCACAGCCCCUCUCGACCGAAGGAGACGUACUUGAGUCCUGCCUCAUGUCCAGACCCAAGGCGUGGUCGAGGCUUGAGCACUUCCCAGGAAUCUUGGAAGACCAAUGAGUCAAAAUCAAAGAGCGAGAAGAGCUCGUUGACCAAAAAGAGCAGCAAAAGUACCUUGAAAAACAAAGAUCUGCGAAACACCAGUAUGCUUUGCCUCUCCUCUUCCUCAGAGGACGAGGAUGACGAGGACCAAACUCCAACCACCGAGUCCAAGCGCAAUAUGAACAAGCCUAGAAGAGACAGUGUGGCUACUUACGACGAAUACGAGCCCCAGGUCUACACGGCUUCCACUGCCCAGGCAACCACUGCCACGGCGGUAAGACGCUUUGACCGGACACUCUCGACUAGCACCCGUGGCUCCCGCCAAACCGAAAAGAGCCUGCCAGUGCCAGUAGCUCGCCCACGAAAGGUUUCUCAAACCUCGAAUGGCAAGGCUUCUCAGACAACUGGACGAACCACCCAAACUCACCGUUCGAGCGGAGUUCCCACUAUCCCGGAUGAGAUUCUGGCGCAAUUCCCACAGCAGCCUCUCCGCUCCCCCGCAGAGUUGAAAGAGUUGAACCGGAGGAGUCGUGUAAUCGCUGUGACCCGCCAAGAGCAAGAUCUUCUCGAGGCGAUGCGUAUUCGAAAGGGCAAGGUCACACCCAGUCUGUUCAAUGCUCACGGAGCGGACCGAAGAUCACUGGCCUCCGGCCCACCCCGCGAUUCCUUCUGCGGAUCUGACACCUCAUUCUUGCGUCUCAGCAAUGUAUUCCCGCCAUUCGACGUCCGGUCCGAAAAGGGUGCUACCCAAUACAAAGAUGGAACGCCCUCCCAAAGUUCGGGUUCGGAUAGUGAACGGAAACCCCGCACUGCAGUUUUCUCUUCUCGUGCCAGUGGGGAGUAUUCUGAGAGCUUACCCUCCCCUUCUACCAGCGGUGCUUCGCCGCUGACCCCCACAUUGCCAAUUCAUCGUUUCUCGCCGCUUCCCUCCCCGAAGCCUCCCCCAAGAGGACCCCCGCCUGCCAUCCCCGAAGACCAGAAGCAGCACACCCGCCGUCGCACAGAUAGUAGCGAGGCUAUCCUGUUAGAUGAUGGCGGUGAGCCAAAACGCAACAACGGUCUUCCUCUCUGGUCUUUCGACUUUGAUUGGAACCAGGAAAGCGCCAAAAUCGCUUCUGUGCACUGA